AUGUCGGAGCUAUUGCCAGGUCGAUUCAGAAUCGCAGCUGCGUCGUCUUGUGAUUUCAAUCUGGUCAUGUCAGAUGAGGAGUUAUUGCAACUAACUCUCAUUGAAAUUGAGGACAUACUUAAUAGCAAUGGAAAGUCACUUCGAGAAUUCUCAACAAUGCCAUAUCCAAAUAUAGAUAACAUUAAUCUCAGAAGACAAGAUGUUCUAUACAACAAAUUAAUAUUAGAUGAACUUAACUAUAACCAUGUUUUGUUAGCUGAACAGCACAAACAAUACUUAUCUCAAAUGACAAUAGAACAACGGAAUAUGUACGACCAAGUUAUUAAAGCUACAAAUUCAGAUAACGGUCAUAUUUUCUUUCUAUAUGGAUACGGAGGUACUGGAAAAAUAUUUCUUUGGAGAACACUCUUAGCUGCUCUUAGAUCUAAAGGAGAAAUAGUUUUAACUGUAGCUUCAGUGAAAUAG